GGAAUAAUACUCUUACUAGGGCCCGAUGUCGGGCCUGAUAGCGGUCUCCAGUGUGAAUGUAAUUGCACCUUGUUAUUUUGAAACAAGACAAAACCAUAAAGCUAUAGAGGGUACGGCAGUGGUAGGGUCCUCUAAUAUAUUUACUUUAUUCUUUGGUCCUCUACCCUCCAUUAAUUAGAGCCAAUUACAUCCAGACUUUCCAAUAACGGGCCCGAAGUCAGUCCGGAUGUCUGGCCUGAUAAUCGUUUUCCGUUUAAAGUGCCAAUUACAUCCACACUUUAUCAGGUCUGAUAUCAGACCUGAUUUUGGACCCGAGAAAGCAUUUUUUUUUUUUUUAAUAUAUGUAAACUUGUAAAGUGCGCAAAUACGACUUUGCUUGCAAAGCACAUGAACGCAUUUAAAAAAGGUAUCUACCUGUCAAUGUCAUUGUCACUGUCAAGUGUCAGAUCAACAGCAGUUUUGGUCGUAGGUAUUAAUUUACAUAAAAUUCUUAGGUAAAUCAAUAAUACAAUAGUAAACGAAGUGAUUGAAACGGCAGUCGCUAUUGAUAGCUAACAUGAAAUGGACGGCUCACAUAGAAGGCGGGCCGCGGCGCGUUAACCAUGCGGCGGUCUGCAUAGCAGAAAAAAUACUUUCCUUCGGCGGCUACUGUUCUACCGAGGAAUAUAAGGAUUGGGACCCCAUCCCUGUUCAUGUCUUGAACACACAAACUCUACGAUGGUCAGCAGUUAACUAUAAGAAAACAGAUGUUAUACCAUUUCAGAGGUAUGGACACACAACAGUGGCUUAUGGAGAAAAGGUGUUCAUGUGGGGAGGCAGAAACAAUGCAGUGGCUUGUGACAUCCUCACAGUUUUUGACACAAGAACAUUGGAAUGGAGCACUCCCGCAGUCUCGGGGAUGAUUCCAUAUGCUAAAGAUGGUCAUUCGGCUUGCAUUAUUAACAAUAAGAUGUACAUAUUUGGAGGUUUUGAAUAUCUCACAGACCAGUAUUCACAAGAAGUGCACUGUUUAAACUUGGACACUUUUGAAUGGCAGUUUGUAGAAGCAAAAGGAACUCCACCAUCCCAUAGAGACUUUCAUACAGCUGUGGCACAUGGAGAUAGAAUGUAUGUGUUUGGUGGGAGAGGUGACUUGAAUAGCCCAUACAAUUCACAAGAAGAAAUAUAUUGUUCACAAAUGUACUAUUUAGACACGAAAACGGACACAUGGGUGGCAUUAAAUCCUAAUAAAACCUGGCCUUGUGGCAGGCGCAGUCAUUCUGCAUGGAUACAUGAUGAUUAUAUGUACAUCUUUGGAGGAUACAAUGGCAACACAAAAAUGCAUUUUAAUGAUCUCUUCAGAUAUUCAAUCAAGAAAAAUCACUGGGAACUGGUCCAUGUGAACGGGCAGGUCCCAUGUAAGAGAAGGCGGCAGGCCUGCCUAAUUCUUAAAGAUAAAAUGUAUUUGUUUGGAGGCACAAGUCCGCAACCGGCGAAGAACGUUCCUCUCCGGCCUGUCUCAGAAGACGACAGCCUCGAGUUGCUGCUAGACAACAACGACCUGCAUAUCCUAGAUUACUCACCAACGCUCAAGACACUUUGUAUACUCAAAGUUCUGGAACACAACCUGGACCAGAGCGUGUUACCACGCCACAUUAUUAUGGAUAUCCGAAGCAUGUCGCAGCCGAACCGCAUCAGCAGAUCCAUCAACCAGGCGGGCUGAACGCAAAACAGUGCAUGUGCUUGCUGUUCAGCUAGUACGUGCGCUGUGAUAACUGACGUUGCCGAAUACUUUAUAAUAGGCGCAUGUAGUGCAACUCUAUCGUACUUAUUUGUGUGUCUUUAAAUAGUACUUUUGUCAAAGUUUUGCCUGAACCCACAUGUAAUCUAAGUAGACUACCGCAAACACGUACUAAAUAAAGUAUAUUGGCGUUAUUACGGGCUACGAGCCUCAAUAAGCUAUUCAUCGUUUUAUGUAUUUGUAAUUUAUAUACUUAAACUUAAAUUAAUUGCGUGUCUAUGUGUAGAAAUUUAGAUUCAUGAAUAAUUUUGCGUUUGAUUUUAUAUAAAUUUGUGAAUAAAUACUAUUCAAUGUUGAUUUUAAAAUGUUUUAUAAAAAAAAUAGGUAAUGCGUAUUGGCGCAUUACUACAAAACUUUACAGUAGGUACCUACUUACGAUAUUAGGGUAUAAACACAAUGAAGUUGCAAUAUAUAUUUGCA